AAAAAACAAAGAAAAAAAUCGUGUUGAUCCUAAGUUCUUUGUUUUCCAAAUGUCCCAACUGAUUUUCAUAACUUUAAUGUUUUCAUUUUAGGCCCGAUGAAAGUGAAAGAGAAAAGACAAGAUCUGAAUGAAGUGGAAGAGAAGCAUCAGGAUCAGAAAGCGCUUGACGUCACUGGAGAAAAAUUUGUGAGUUGCUCCAAAACUGAAAACAGUUGCUCGCAACGCAACAUUCAAAGAAAAGAGGUCAAAAGGCCUUUCAGCUGCUCUCAGUGUGGAAACGCAUUCACUCGUAAAAAAUACCUUAAGAAUCACAUGAGAAUUCAUAAGAGAGUAAAGAUUUUCACCUGCUCUGAGUGUGGAAACACUUUCAGCCAUAGAGGAAGCCUUUGGAAUCACAUGAAAAUUCAUACUGAAAUGAAACCUUUCAUCUGCUCCCAGUGUGGAAAGAGUUUCAAACAGAAAAGAAACCUUGACGAACACAUGAUAAAUGUUCAUACUGGAAAAAGGCCUUUCACUUGCUCUGAGUGUGGAAAUACUUUCAAACGCAAAAGAAGCCUUCAGAAUCACAUGCUAAACCAUACGGGAAAAAAGUCCUUCAUCUGCUCUCAGUGUGGAAGCAUGUUCAGCCAUAAUGGAAGCCUUUGGAAUCACAUGAAAAUUCAUACUGGAAUAAAGUCUUUCAGCUGCUCUCAGUGUGGAAAGAGUUUUACACAGAAAAAACUACUCAAUGAGCAUGUUCUUAUUCACACCUCAGCAAAGCGUUUCACCUGCUCUCAGUGUGGAAACACUUUUACACGUAAAGAAACCCUUAAGAAUCACAUGCUUAAUCAUGCUGGAAUAAAGCCUUUCGUCUGCUCUCAGUGUGGAAAGAGUUUUACACAGGAAAAACAACACAAUUGGCAUGUGCUGCUUCACACAUCAGUAAAGCCUUUCACCUGCUCUCAGUGUGGAAACACUUUCACACGUAAACAAACCCUUAAGAAUCACAUGUUAAAUCAUGCUGGAAUAAAGCCUUUCAGCUGCUCUCAGUGUGGAAAGAGUUUCACACAAAAAAAACAACUUAAUGUGCAUGUGCGCAUUCACACUUCAGAAAAGUCUUUCACCUGUCCUUAGUGUGGAAAUGCUUUCACGUGUAAAAGAAGCCUUGAGAUAGAGUUGGGCCGAUGGCUGACAGACAUCAUGAUGUUGAGCUGGCAUCGUGAUUCCUCCCCCCACCCCAUCUCCCACAAUCCGCCGCAUCCCAAUACAGUGUUCGGAAAGGAAAUGACGCGUACU